AUGCGCGAGGACUGGUUUGCAGGUGCGACGACGGACAGCGACACGGCUUCCUUGGACGAAACAAAAAACUUGCUUCGCGAGCUCAAAACCUUGAUGGAUGCGCGUAAUGUUCAAGGCUACCUACGCCUUCUCAGACAGUUUGAGACACAGGGCAAGUUAUAUGCCUUGCGGGAGCUUCAUUUCGUGGCGGGUAUGCGGCUCAAUCGACCCAAACUGCUCAUUCAGGGAUCCAAGGCAUGGCAUGAAGAUGAAUUCAAGGAGAACUUUGAAGGGGCAGAGAAGCUGCUCAAGACAACAAACAUGGCUGCCUAUGUUUCUCGCCAACGUUUCAUUCUGCGACUCAUGCGCACCGCCAACAUCAGCUGGUCACGCGAGAGUUACUUUCUCGUUCUUGAGCAUGCCCGAUUUCUCAAGGAUCGGAACUUGGCCACUCAGACUUGGGAUGCAAUGUCUACUGCUGGUAUUGUGCCUGAUAGUAGCUGCUACAAUUCCUACAUUGCUACCAUUGCAGUGCCUCGUCGGAUCUUUGAUAAAUUUCGGUUGAAGAAGCGAAACGAUAAUACUGCACGUGUCGAGGCGUACAAGGCGUAUCAGGCUUCUGCAGACGAUGCUUCUCGGAAAGCCGUCAUCUUGUACCAAGAGAUGGUCAAGCGUGGCGUACAGCCGAAUGCACACACCAUUGAAUUACUCAUUCUAGCACUUGGCCGUGCUGGGAACUUGAAUGCAUUGCGGUCUAUCAUCAAGCAGACUUGGGGUUUGUAUGUCUCCGAUGAUGCUCGUAAUUGGCAAAUGGCAGAGAUUGAAGGUGUCGCUGACGAACACGACGAAGAAGGACUCGACGACUACAAUAGGACUGACACAUCACUCCCGGAACCAAAAUACGAUGCGAACUCCAGUCUCUUCCCCUCUCACAAGACAUUAUUGGCAGUCGUCUCUGCUUUGGGAAUCCACCAUCAGACCGGCCUUGCGCUCGAGUAUAUUGCGCAAUUCAGGAAAGUCUACGAUACUCAAGUCACAACACGCGUCACGGCCAACCUCAUGCAGCUCGCAUUGGCAGAUUCAACCAUCACUGGUGGCUUCACAGAUCGUCAACAAGUGCGACGUAUUUUUGACGUCGCUCGGAGUGCUUUUGGGGUACAGCCAGAUCAGAGCAUCUAUUCGGUGCUCAUCAAUUCAGAGCUUCAACAAGAAAACACAAACAAGGCGCUUGACGUGCUUGAAGAGAUGCUUGCGACCAUUGAAGCUGGCCACUUGCCACCGUACAAGUCGAAAACAGCCCAGACGCGUCAUAUCAUACGAUCAGUCUUGAGCAAGACUCGGCGGCUCUUGUCUGCAACGCAUAAUCAGAUCACACGGCGGCUGGCUCAAGAUGUCAAGGAAGGAGGCGACGAUGCUAUCCGGCUUAGACGUGGAAUUAGCGAAAGUCGAGCUGAAUCUUCUGAGAAGCUGCUGGAGCAUUGGAGGAAACGAAUUGCUUUGCAUCUAGUGCGCAUGCAAUCGUACAAGACUCGACGCAAAGCUGUUAUGACGGCAUUAUAUGAACCUGAUAGCCCGUAA